AUGGCACAGCAGUCGGUUGCCAACAUGCAGCGGGCCAACGACAUUGGCCAAAAUAUUGACGACGAGCAAAAGAAGAACUUUAUCAUCCUCUUUCUCACCGCCAUUCUCUUCUUCAUUCCGUUUGUCGGAGAGAUCGCCGGCACCAUUGGUGUCUUGGCCGGCGUCGCUCGCAUCAUCACUCUUGUCGGCGAGCUUGGAGCAGUCGGGCUGGACAUUUACUCGCUCGUGGACAGCAAAGGCAAAGAUCCAUUUGCCAUUGCUGGCAUUUUGCUUGCGCCUCUGGCUCUGUAUGACGUCGCUGCUGUUGCGGCGGCGGCGGCGCUGCGGAGAGGAAUGAAGGAGAGGCAAAUUACUUCCAUUGGCAAUGAGGCAAAGCAGACGCUGGACAAGAUUGACCGCAUCUAA